GAUCCAAACCUUAGCUAUUGUCUGCUGUCCCGAAUCCAGAUGCAAAAAAAAUCAGAUUCUGAACUCCUCACAGAAAUCAUAAAAUUCAAACAUCUGUUGUAUCAAGACAAAAUCAGAUUUGGAUGAAAACCAAACAUCCAUUCCAAGUCUGUUAAGCUUCUACAUUCUUUGAAUUUCCACUCAUUAGUAUGGAAUUCAAGACAGAGAAGCUUGUAAGGUUCUACCCAGAUAGGAAACAACAUCCACAAUUGGAAAAACCUGCUGGUUCACAGCAUGUGAGAAAGCCAUCACACUCGUACAACAUUCCCUCUCCUUUGCUGAGAAACCCUGAUAGCGAUGGUAGAAUCUUCGGUACAUCAAAGUUCAACAAGUCUAAGAUCUUCCCAAAAGACCAUGAGCCAUGGCGGAAGCGGAUACUCGAUCCAGGAAGCGAGCUAGUUUUGAAAUGGAACCGGGUUUUUCUUAUCUCCUGUUUGGUUGCGCUUUUCAUCGACCCCUUGUAUUUAUACUUGCCUUUGGUUGGGCGGUCCGCGUGUAUGAAGAUGGACUUGAAUUUGAGCAUUGCAGUUACAUGUUUCCGGAUAGUCACUGAUUUGUUCUAUCUGUCAAACAUGUUCUUGAAAUUCCGGUUGGCAUAUGUGGCCCCCUGCUCGCGGGUGUUUGGGAGGGGAGAGCUUGUUAUGGAUUCUAAGAAGAUUGCUUCGAGGUAUUUACGGUCGGAUUUCUUCAUUGACUUGUUUGCAAUGCUGCCUCUUCCACAGAUUCUCAUUUGGUUCAUCAUACCCGCGCUUAGAAACUCCCAAGAUUAUACCAAUAACGCGAUUGCUCUGAUUGUUCUGUUGCAAUACAUUCCAAGAUUAUAUCUAAUUUUUCCGUUAAGUUCUCGAAUAAUCAAAGCUAAUGGUGUUGUCACAAAGACUGCUUGGGCGGGAGCUGCCUAUAAUCUGCUACUUUACAUGUUAGCUAGCCAUGUCUUGGGAGCAUCAUGGUAUUUGCUGUCUAUUGAACGACAAACUACAUGCUGGAAAUCCGAGUGCCAAAAGGAAAUUGAGUUUCCAAAUGGAACAAAAUGUGAUUUUGAUUUCUUUGACUGUGACACUUUGAAUAAGCCCAACCGCAUGAAUUGGGCAAACAACACGCAAGUGUUCCUGAACUGUAAUCCUGGUAAUAACAUCGAUUUCAAGUUCGGCAUAUUUGCAGACGCAUUGACUAAGAACAUUGUCUCCUCGAAGUUCAUUGACAAAUACUUCUAUUGUCUGUGGUGGGGUUUGCGGAACUUAAGCUCGUAUGGGCAAAGCCCGUCAACUAGCACAUUCAUUGGAGAGACAUUGUUCGCCAUACUCAUUGCCAUUGUGGGUCUGAUUUUAUUUGCUCAUCUGAUUGGAAACAUGCAGACCUACUUGCAAUCCAUCACCGUGAGGCUAGAAGAAUGGAGGCUUAAGCGAAGGGACACCGAAGAGUGGAUGAAACACCGCCAGCUGCCCCAAAAUUUGCGGGAGCGUGUCCGGCGGUUCGUUCAAUACAAGUGGCUUGCGACAAGAGGAGUAGAUGAAGAAUCUAUCCUGCGUGCCUUACCUACCGAUCUCCGUCGAGAUAUCCAACGGCAUCUAUGCUUGGAUCUUGUUCGACGUGUUCCUUUCUUCUCACAGAUGGAUGAUCUGCUUCUCGACGCCAUAUGCGAGCGCUUAGUAUCGUCCUUAAGCACCGAAGGCACCUUCAUUGUUCGAGAGGGUGACCCAAUAACGGAAAUGCUCUUUAUCAUCCGAGGGCGAUUAGAGAGUUCUACUACUAAUGGGGGUCGAACCGGCUUCUUCAAUUCAAUUACUCUCCGGCCAGGUGAUUUCUGCGGCGAGGAGCUUCUCGCAUGGGCAUUGCUUCCAAGGUCCUCUCUCAACCUACCAUCUUCAACUAGGACAGUAAGAGCCCUUGUUGAAGUGGAAGCUUUUGCAUUACGAGCGGAAGAUCUCAAGUAUGUCGCGAAUCAGUUCAGACGUCUACACAGCAAGAAGCUGCAGCACACGUUCCGUUUUUACUCCCACCAUUGGCGUACAUGGGCCGCUUGUUUCAUACAGGCAGCAUGGAGACGGUUCAAGAGAAGACAGUCGGCGAAGGAUCUGACCCUGCAGGAGUCGUUCUUUUUCAUGCUGGAUGAGAGUGAGGGUGACGGAACUGCGGUGCAGGAGGAAGAGGACUACGACAGUGAGCCAGACAGUCCUACUCAGGCCAGACAGAAUAUCGGGGUGAGUAUAUUGGAGUCGAGGUUCGCCGCAAGCAUGAGGAGAGGAGCUCAGAAGAUCAAAGGCAUGGAAAUGUCUAAAUUACAGAAACCAGAUGAGCCAGACUUCUCCGCCGAGGCUGAUGACGAUUAGCAGCCUGGCCACUGGUAGUGUAUGAUAUCAUCAAUGCGGAAUGCUACUGCUGUGAGCAUCAAGACAUCUCUAUUUACAUGGGCACUGGUUAUAAGGUCCAUAUCCCAGAAUGCAAGGGGAUUGACUAUAGUUGCUAACAGAUCAGUGGCCUAAAAAAGGGACAAUUGCUCAAACAGACCAACAGUCUUCAUUCAAUGGGCAAAAUCACAAAAGAUACAACAAUAUCAGUGUAACGUUUGGCCUAUGGGCCACCAUUUUUGUGGCCCAUUAAUCAGCAGUUCUGAUCAUUAUACAUGUUUUCCAUGUGUGGGGAAGACAGGACAGUAGCUAUGAAGAUUUUAAUCUCUAAGCAAGAAAGCUGAAUGGGUUUGUUGAGAUUAUGAAUUUGCAGGCAACGUAUUGGUUUUUUUAGGUGCC